AACCAAGUUAGGGUUUUCCUCUACUGCUCUGAGAAGUCAGUACCAGCCGCUUCAGCCCUUCACAGCCAGCGACCCUCGUACCCACAACAAUGACUAAGAGGACAAAGAAGGCGGGUAUUGUUGGGAAAUAUGGAACCCGUUAUGGUGCUAGUCUGCGUAAGCAGAUUAAGAAGAUGGAAGUCAGUCAACACAGCAAGUAUUUCUGUGAAUUUUGCGGCAAGUAUGCUGUGAAAAGAAAGGCUGUUGGAAUUUGGGGAUGCAAGGACUGCGGAAAAGUGAAGGCAGGCGGCGCCUAUACCUUGAACACUGCUAGUGCUGUGACGGUUAGGAGCACAAUCAGAAGGCUGAGAGAGCAAACUGAGAGUUGAGCUGCGGUUACUCCACUCUACUACGCUCUGAGCAUUUGCAAGUAUUGAUAGACACUUUCAAACAGUUUUGAGAAUGUUUCUCCUUUUGUUUGCUUAUAUUUUGAAGAACUUGUUAGAUGGAAGGCCAUGUUGACUUGUAGUAUUUGUUUAAUCUGAGAUUUUUAGCUUACCUGUUGGAAUUUGGGUCUGUUCUCAAUGCAAUUGAAAUAGUUUCUGGAUUUGUGUUUAAUA